AUGUUCGAAUACAAAAAUGCAGUGCAGACAAUAUGGUAUGCAAUACAACGAGUAUUAGUCAUAUUCAGUGGAAUAUACAUAUUUUUUGCGUAUAAUACAAUAUAUGCACUACAGAUGCUCAAAGAAGUAUCUAUUACAGUGCUUUGUAUAUUUGUUGUAUAUCAAGCACUAGUUCUUCUAGUAGGGUUUUCAUUCUUAAGAAUGUCUAUCUCAAAGAACUGCACAACGCAUGAGCUCUUCCCAGAGGCUGUUGAGAGAGACGGGGAUUCAGAUGACAGCAGUCUUUGUAUUAACCCCUUUGAAAAGGAGUAUAUGUUUGCAUACAAGCAUGAAAUGAACACAUGUGAGAAAUGCAAUACAUCCCAGCCACUGCGUAGUUAUCAUUGCGACAAGUGCCAUCAGUGCUUACUUCUUAUGUAUAAACACCUCACAUGGUGCGACUUAUGCAUUGGAUUCACCAAUUAUAAGUUCUAUGUUGUUUUCUUAUUUUACCUCAUGCUAAUGAAUCUAAUUAGUUUUGGAUGCUUUAUUCACUCUUUAUUAAUUAGCUUAUCAGAGAAAAAAGAAAUUGCAGCAAUAACUGUAGCUCUGUCUCUACAAGUAGUAGUAAUUAUUUUUACAGCGUAUUUCUUGGGCGAGUGUAUAUAUUCAAUAUGCAUUAAUCAAACACCCCAGGAGAGAAAGCACCCUGUUGAAAACACAAAUAUAUCUUAUGAUAUGGGGUACUACCAAAACUGGAAAAUAAUUAUGGGCGAGUCCUGGUAUAUGUGGUUUAUACCGAGCUGGACCACUCAGGGAGACGGGCUUAAAUUCCAGCACACAAGAAAAGUAGAACCAGAAGUGUAUGAAGACACUCUUCCAACCUCCCCACUAUAAUAGUACAUCUGAUUGCAUCAACGCCUGUAGAAAUAUCACACAAUAAAAAGCACAAAUUA